CGUCGCUCGCUCGCAGCCCGGGCUGGAGAGGGAGGUUGGUGGUGUCGCCGCUGAAGGAGGAGGAGGAGGGUUUUUUUGCCUCUCUCGGUGCCCCGCUCGGUCCCCGUCAUGUCUGCCGCCGCCGCCGCCGGCUACUGCCGUCCGCACCCCGCUGCUCCCGGGUCGACCCUGGGCAGGGACAUCCCGGGCCCCGCCAAGCGCUUCUGCCUGCCCGAGGGAGUCGAGCUGCCCCCCGGCGACUACAGCACCACGCCCGGAGGCACCCUCUUCGGGACCACGCCGGGAGGUACACGCAUUAUUUAUGACCGUAAAUUUUUGAUGGAAUGCCGGAACUCUCCGAUUGCCAACACGCCACCUCGUGAUCUUCCAGACAUUCCAGGAGUUACCAGUCCAAAUGUGGAUGACCUCGAGCACGAGACCAGCCUCACUCAUCCUGAUGAUGAGAAGCCAGGCUUAGGCGAGGAAGCGCAGUUUGACAUGGAUAUCUGAGAUCGGUCGAAGGAGAAUCCUUGUGGCUUCUUUUCAGCAAAGACAAGAUCCCUGCAGUGCUUUCAGAACAAGUGUGGCUUGUAGAAUAGCCCACGCUUCACAAAAGUUUCUGGGAUGAAAGAGCCCAUUACCGUUUUUUAAAAGAAACUGGGAGGAGACUUCCAGUUUUCUAAGGACUGUCAACACAGGUGGAUUUUCCUCUGUGCGGUAGGAAGUCUGUCCUUGAUGAGCCUUGGUGUAAGAAAGGUGGAUGCCGUGCUCAGUCCCUGCUUUGAGUUUUUUCCCUUAUGCACAAAAUCAGUGCUCUCAAGCAGGAGACUGGAUGGAAGGAGCGGAAUAAAAUAGUGCUGGAUUGAGGGGAUCA